ACGCGCAUGCGCGUGUUACCCGGCAGUGAAACUCGCUUAUUCACACAGGUGAGCAACAGCAAAACAGACACAGAGCGUCCUGAUAUCAAAGACCAGAAAUGGGCAAAGGCGGCGGAACAUUUGAGAGACUGUUGGAUAAGGCUACCAGUCAGCUGCUACUGGAGACAGACUGGGAGUCCAUUUUGCAGAUAUGUGACCUCAUUCGGCAGGGCGAUACACAGGCGAAAUAUGCGAUUGGCGCCAUCAAGAAAAAACUCAACGACAAAAAUCCACACGUCGCACUCUAUGCUCUAGAGGUUCUGGAGUCAGUGGUGAAGAACUGUGGCCAGACGAUUCAUGAUGAAGUGGCCAGCAAGCAGACAAUGGAGGAGCUGAAGGAGCUGUUCAAGAAACAACCCGAACCGAACGUAAAGAACAAGAUCCUUUAUCUAAUCCAGGCCUGGGCCCACGCCUUCCGCAACGAGCCCAAGUACAAAGUCGUCCAGGACACCUAUCAAAUCAUGAAGGUGGAAGGUCAUGUCUUCCCAGAAUUCAAGGAGAGUGAUGCCAUGUUUGCAGCGGAAAGGGCCCCUGAUUGGGUGGACGCUGAGGAGUGUCACAGAUGUAGGGUUCAGUUUGGUGUUAUGACCCGAAAGCACCACUGCAGGGCAUGUGGGCAGAUUUUCUGUGGGAAGUGCUCUUCUAAGUACUCUACCAUACCCAAGUUUGGCAUUGAGAAGGAGGUGCGUGUGUGUGAGCCCUGCUUCGAGCUUCUCAACAAGAAAGCCGAAGGAAAGGCCGCCAGCACUGGGCAGUCCGAGCUUCCCCCUGAGUACCUGACCAGCCCUCUGUCCCAGCAGUCUCAGAUGCCUCCUAAGAGAGAUGAGGCCGCACUGCAGGAGGAAGAGGAGCUGCAGCUGGCCAUCGCACUGUCUCAGAGUGAAGCGGAGGAGAAGGAGAGGAUGAGACAGAAGAACACUUACUCUGCGUACCCCAAAGCCGAUCCCACUCCUGUGACUUCCUCUGCCCCUCCUGUCAGCACUCUUUACUCUUCACCUGUGAAUUCAUCGGCUCCAUCAGCUGAAGAUGUGGAUCCAGAGCUGGCCCGUUACCUAAACAGAACUUACUGGGAGAAGAAACAGGAAGAGGUUCGCAAGAGUCCCACCCCCUCUGCUCCUGCUCCAGUUUCACUGGCUGAGCCUGUGCCAAUCAGCCAACCAGUGGAAAGCCACGCUCCGGUCCAACCCAUCAACAUAGUGGAGGUACUUGGAGCACUGAAAAUGGAUAAUCAUGAACAUUUUCAAUUAUGUUGUGCACUGAACGUCUUGUGUCUGUCUCUGCAGCAGCAGUAUCAGAAUGGAGAAUCUGAGGAGAACCAUGAGCAGUUCCUGAAGGCCUUGCAGAACGCCGUCACCACCUUCCUUAACCGCAUGAAGAGCAACCAUAUGCGUGGCCGCAGCAUCACCAACGACAGCGCUGUGCUUUCUCUCUUCCAGUCCAUCAACAACAUGCACCCACAGCUGCUGGAAAUACUCAACCAGUUGGAUGAAAAGAGACUGUACUAUGAGGGACUUCAGGACAAACUGGCACAGGUGCGUGACGCGCGGGCGGCACUGAACGCUCUGAGAGAGGAGCACAGGGAGAAACUGAGACGGGCUGCCGAGGAGGCAGAGAGACAGAGACAAAUCCAGCUCGCCCAGAAACUGGAGAUCAUGAGGCAGAAGAAACAGGAGUACCUAGAGAUGCAAAGGCAGCUCGCAAUCCAGCGUCUGCAGGAGCAGGAGAAGGAGAGACAGAUGCGCCUGGAGCAGCAGAAACACACCAUUCAGAUGAGAGCACAGAUGCCUGCCUUCUCUCUGCCUUACGCACAGAUGCAGUCACUGCCGCCUAAUGUGGCAGGAGGGGUGGUAUAUCCUCCUGCUGGCCCUCCCAGCUAUCCUGGGACUUUCAGUCCUGCUGGUUCAGUGGAGGGGUCGCCCAUGCAUGGAGUCUACAUGAACCAGCCUGGACAGACUGCAGCCGGUGGUCCAUACCAGGCCAUGCCUGUAUCAGCUACAGAUCCCAACAUGGUGAACGCUUACAUGUAUCAGACUGCAGGCACCAGCGGGCAGCCAGCUGCCCCUGGACAAGCCCCUCCCACAACCACCCCUGCCUACACUAACUACCAGCCCACACCCACACAGGGCUACCAGAACGUGGUCUCCCAAGCUCAGAGUUUGCCCCCUAUGUCCCAGGCUGCUCCCACCAACGGUAUUGCUUACAUGGGCUACCAGCCAUACAGCAUGCAGAAUAUGAUGACCGCUCUUCCAGGACAAGACCCCAACAUGCCUCCCCAACAGCCCUACAUGCCUGGACAGCAGCCUAUGUAUCAGCAGAUGGCUCCCCCCGGCGGUCCGCAGCAGCAAUCACAACAGCAGCCGGCACAGGCUCCUCCGGGCAGCGCAGAGGCUCAGCUCAUUUCAUUUGACUGAUCAUAGCUCAUCAUAUGCCUUUACCCACCAGGUCCAGCACACUACAUUCAACUCUCCCUUACCCUGCCACCUCUGGGUUUAUUACCCCACACUUGCUCUCGCUUCACUAUGUUCCACAAAUACUGAAGGUGUACAAAUACUGUAAAAGCAUUUGGCUGUCUGAGUCCCCCCUCCUCUCCCUGUCUCUUUGAAUGAAGGAGGAGAGGCUACAGAUGGAGCUGGUGGGGAACCUUGUCUCUUAACUGGAUGAAUCUCACAAAACUCAAUGUCUAGAUCAUAUUUUACCCCAUUUUUUUGCUUAAAGAAAAUGAAACCUGUUUUAGACCAUUAAAAUUUUUUUGUAUUGUGACAUUAGUUAUGACGAUUAAACUUGUUUCCUUGCUCCAUUCGUAUUAUUGUGAUGCAAAAAUUGGUAUAUCAUUUAAACUAUCAAGUAGCUACAUGGUAUUACUUGUUGUACUGCCUUUAUCCUGAUACCAUGAUUUAAAAAUGACUGAAUAUUAGUAAUGAGAUUUACAAUGGGAAACAAAAAAACAAAACAAAAAAAAUAUCUUCAAAUUUGGUAAAAAUAUGCUUUGAGAAUGUUGCAAAAAGUCUUAAUUGUCCUAUAAUAAAAUAGCUUUUUUGUGUGUAUGGAAAUGUAUAAAGCUCAUUUCUGCAAUAUUGAAUAGUCAUAAUUAUGACAUCAGUUAAAAUACAAUGUCAAAAUGACAUUGUAUUUCUGUUGUUUUAUAAUUGAUAUCAUAAUUUCAACUUAUGUAUCAUAAUGUCUUGUUUUAACAUUGAAAGUCAUUGAGAUUAUUAGAUAAAAAGAUUAUUAAUGUCAAUUAAUGUCAUAAUUAUGACAUUUUAUGUCAGAAACUUGUCAUAAUUGUUUUGUCAAUCUCAAUUGUGACUUACUAUCUCAUAAUUUAGGUUAUGACUUUUUAUCUCAGAAAAUGACAAAUGAGAAUAUCUCAUACAAAGUUAAAAUUGAUACUAAAUUUGUACUUUGUCGUAGUUUUAUCAAUCUCAAUUGUGACUUAGUAUCUCAUAUAUAUUUUUUUAUUAAAGUUGAAAUUACACCAACUCAAAAUUACAAUUCAAAAUUAUGAGAUAAUUUCUGCUUUGUCAUAAUUGUCAUAAUCUCAAUUUUUACUUAGUAUCUCAUAAUUUAGGUUAUUAUUUUAAAGUUGAAAUUAGACUGUCAGUUAUGAGAGUUACAAUUAUGAGAUGAAAAAGAUGUCAUAAUUGACUUUUUAUCUCAGAAUUAUGAUCUCAUACAAAGUCAAAAUUACAAUUCAAAAUUGUGUUCCCAUGCUAAAUUUCUACUUUGUUAUAAUUUUGUCAAUCCUAAUUAUGAUUUAGCAUCUCAUAGUUUAUUAUUUUAAUGUUGAAAUUACGCUCAUAGUAAUAAGAGUCAGAAUUAUGAGAUACUAAGUCAGAAUUGAGGUAAGUCAAAAUUAUGACUUACUAUCUCUUUGACUUUUUAUCAAAAAAGUUUCACCAAAGCUUAGGUGGCAGAACUGAGAUUCUAUUAAAAAUAUGACCUGGAUAUGUUGUGAGAUUCAUCCUACCGCUGACUUUCAUCUCUAGAUUUCUGCAAAUGUAGUUUUUCCUUGAUGCGAAGUUAGUCAUUCUUGCCAUAGAGAAACAAACACAAUAUGAUGCGAAAGACACGACAUAACCAUCCUUUUGUCUCAUAUUUUUCUAAGACGUGUUUGCAUGAGUGAAUAUGUAACAGCCUUAUUUUUUUUCCUCUAUCUUCGGUUAAGAGACUUGCUGGCUUUAGCAGAGGUCGCUGAGGCGUCAUAGCAGUUUUCCAGCUCCGAUUUGCUCUGAAAUGCUAUAAGAUCAUGUGACAUUCCAGUGCUGGUUUCCAUGUAUGCGAUUCUAGAAAUAUUUCAGAAGCUCUGCGUUUAGGAUCAGUGUUGUGGAAUCCUUGCUAAUGAUUCAUGCGGUAGACGGUGCAAACAUUGGCUUCUGUUGUAUAAUUAACAGCCAAUGAGAUGUCAACUUAACUGCCAUUUAUUUGAAAUAAACAGGCUGGUGUUUCCAGGUACUGCAUGUAAGUUUGCCAGACGUCACAUCCGUUUGUCUUUGCUCGUGGAGUGGCAUAGCCAGGGGUUCAGACCUGACUGCGCAAAAUUAGACCAAUCGAUCGAUCUCAAAGCUGUGGUUUCGUCACCAGUUAAUUAGUGCAAAAUUGAGUACUGGAUCAAUUGCAGACAAAGGAAGUCUAUUUUUAACAGUGAUUGUAAAAACUGUUGACAGCCUGUGGAUGGUUUUGAUGGAUGACGUGAACGCUGCAUGUUUGUAACACACACACACACAACCGGUGACGUCUGUAACCCCUUUAAUAUCAUCUUUAUUCCAUACUGAUCCGCCUCAUGUUAAAAAGAUCAUAUUUAAUAAAUAUCUUGUUCUUUUAUGGGUCACACAUUAGUGGAAAUGUUUCUUUUCUUGUCUCUGAAGGUAUGUGCACAAUAAAACAAUGUCAAUCUC